CCCCCCCCCCACCUUCUCUCUCCAAGCACUGGGUCAGGCUGUCAGGCAAGAGCGCCCACCUAGCCAAAGGGAGACGGGUCUAGAAAAAGGCUCGGGGGGAGGGACUGGGUGAGUGGGCUGAGGAGUCUCAAGAGCGUCCCUGGGUGCUUCCUCUUUCUGCUGCUGGCUUUUCUUGUCGCCCCUUCCUCCGUCUCGUCCAUCAUCCCAUUCCUUCCUUUCUGUCACCUGUUUGGUUUUUUUUUUUUUCCUUCCCCCCCUUAGCGCUGUCAGUUUCUUUUCUUCUCUCUUUGCCGCCCUCCUUCGCUUUCCAUUCAUUCUCUCUUCCAGUUUUCAUGCUACUCUUCCAACCCUUUAAACGUACAAGAGUUUCUCCUGCACUUCAAAUCCUCCUCUAGAUUUUUCAGAAAAAAUUUCAACUCCCCUUGCCUUUUUUUCCUCUUCUUAUCGGUCGUCUUCACCUUUAAUUCAAGACCGCAGUUUUUCUUUUCCUCCACUUCUGUUUCCCAUUUUGAUUAUUUAUUGCCUGUUUUUUACACAUACUCUCACAGCAGGCUUUCGCUUGGCUUUAAAAAAAAGUUUGUCUUUUCAACCAUUAAGUAUGCUGUUCAUUGUUUAGUACACUGUCUGUAUCUAUGCUUUUGCUUCCCAAACUUUUUUCUUAAAGCAAGAAAUUAUUUCCUCUUAUAUUUUUGCACCCUUUAAUGUUUUCUCCUUUUUAAAGUGUUCUGUUUCUUGCUUUUUUACUUUGACAUUUUCCAUCUUUUUUUCAACUGCUUAACAGUUUUUACCUAUAUUUAUUUCUUCUCACUUUUAAAAGGUGUUUGUCUUGUAGAAUUUGGCUUCCUUUCUUGCCACUUCAUUCUAUUACUUUUAAAUACUUUAAAUCCAUUCAUUUCAAAUCCAUUUUCCUUGUUUUUCUAUAGUUUCCUUCUUUUCCCUUUAUGUUCUUUAUUCUUUACAAUAUUUUUUUAAAAAUCACACUUUUACCUGAUUGCUUCACAUUCCUUUUUGCAGUUUUGUUUUCUUGCUUGUUCUUUCACUGUUCUAUUUUCUGCCACUAGCUUUUCCUUUAAUCUUCUCUUUCAACUUCUUGCAACCUUAUGUUCUUUAUUGAUGAUUUAAAUUGCCUUAUUUAGCUUCCAAAUUUUAAAUCUUCAGUUUAUUUCCUUUGUUCUGUUUCCCCCCUCCAUUUUUAAUUGUCAAUCCUAUUCUUCCAUUCUUUCCUAAUUUUCUUCCCCUUAUUAAUUUUGGAAACUUUCAUUUCCGCUAACUUGAUGUCUCUUGACCUGUUCAACUCUUUGGAAGUUGUUCAUGUAUUUCCAAAUUUAAUAUAAAAGGUAGAUGGAUGUAUAUCCAGAGCAGAAAGGAGGAAAGGUGUAGAAGGCCUUCAGCAUCCUACAUGUUUUGACAAGAUAAAUGAAAAGGAUGUGGGAAUGGAAGGGGUGGGUUUGUCAGUACUCCUAACAUUUUUUAGGGGGGUGAACUUGCAUCCUUUUUCUGGAGGGGAGGGGGAUUGAGUUGAAAUUUCAAGACUGGCCCAGUUGAAGUGGAGGAGGUAUGGCAUUUUAGUACCAACUGCACCAGCCAUCUUGGGGGAAGGGGGUUUAUUGCAUGCUCAUACGCACAUAUACAAGCCUCCAUUUUCUCAGAUUGAUGAAGACAUAAAGGCCUGUUGAGCUCCAUGUUUUUGAAGGUGGGCAACUUGUUUAGGAAAGUGUAGUAAACUUCAUUUUUGUGGCCAAAUGACAGCUUGACCCAGUUGUUAUCCAAUCAGAGGGCAUCAUCUUGAAUGUCUCUUUGUAGUGCUACAGUCAGCGCAAAAAUGAUGGCGGCUUACAAUGGCGGUACAUCUGCAGCAGCAGCAGGUCACCACCACCAUCACCACCAUCACCUUCCUCACCUUCCCCCUCCUCAUCUCCAUCACCAUCACCAUUCUCAACACCACUUGCACCCGGGUUCUGCAGCCGCAGUACAUCCUGUACAGCAACAUAGUUCUUCAGCGGCGGCAGCUGCAGCAGCAGCAGCUGCUGCCGCCAUGUUAAAUCCGGGGCAGCAGCAGCCAUAUUUUCCAUCCCCGGCACCAGGUCAAGCACCUGGACCGGCAGCAGCAGCCCCAGCUCAGGUACAAGCUGCAGCAGCUGCUGCAGUUAAAGCGCACCAUCAUCAGCAUACUCAUCAUUCACAGCAACAACUGGAUAUUGAACCAGACAGGCCUAUUGGAUAUGGAGCCUUUGGUGUUGUCUGGUCAGUAACCGAUCCACGAGAUGGAAAGAGAGUUGCACUCAAAAAGAUGCCCAACGUCUUCCAAAAUCUGGUCUCUUGCAAAAGGGUCUUCCGUGAAUUGAAGAUGUUGUGUUUUUUUAAGCAUGACAAUGUACUCUCCGCUCUCGACAUACUCCAGCCACCACACAUUGACUACUUUGAAGAAAUAUAUGUUGUUACAGAACUGAUGCAGAGUGAUCUCCAUAAGAUUAUCGUCUCUCCUCAGCCACUCAGCUCAGAUCACGUCAAAGUUUUUCUUUACCAGAUUUUAAGAGGCCUGAAAUACUUACAUUCAGCUGGUAUUUUGCAUCGAGACAUUAAACCAGGGAACCUUCUUGUGAACAGCAACUGUGUUCUUAAGAUCUGUGAUUUUGGCCUAGCCAGGGUGGAAGAAUUAGAUGAAUCUCGUCAUAUGACUCAGGAAGUUGUUACUCAGUAUUAUCGGGCUCCGGAAAUCCUGAUGGGAAGCCGUCACUACAGCCAUGCUAUUGACAUCUGGUCUAUAGGCUGUAUAUUUGCCGAACUGCUGGGGCGAAGAAUAUUGUUUCAAGCUCAAAGCCCCAUUCAGCAGUUGGAUUUGAUCACAGAUCUUUUGGGGACACCGUCACUGGAAGCAAUGAGGACAGCUUGUGAAGGCGCCAAGGCUCACAUACUCAGGGGUCCUCAUAAACAGCCAUCCCUUCCUGUCCUGUAUACAUUAUCCAGCCAAGCUACACAUGAAGCCGUUCAUCUCCUUUGUAGGAUGUUGGUCUUCGAUCCAUCCAAAAGAAUAUCCGCUAAGGAUGCCUUAGCUCAUCCAUAUCUUGACGAAGGGCGAUUACGAUAUCACACCUGUAUGUGCAAAUGUUGUUUUUCCACUUCUACUGGAAGAGUUUACACCAGUGAUUUUGAACCCAUCACAAAUCCUAAAUUCGAUGAUACUUUUGAAAAGAACCUCAGUUCUGUCCGGCAGGUUAAAGAAAUAAUCCAUCAGUUCAUUUUGGAACAGCAGAAAGGAAAUAGAGUACCUUUGUGCAUCAAUCCACAAUCUGCUGCUUUUAAGAGCUUUAUUAGGUAACUUUCCACUGUUGCUCAGCCGUCUGAGAUGCCACCAUCUCCACUGGUCUGGGAAUGAAAGUGGGAGAUACAGUAUACUACUGAAGACAUAAUGUAGCUUUCCACUGGAUUCUGGGAUUUGCAAUUCUGGAGAUUUAAUCAUGCUUGUACUGUAAUUUUACUAAUGAAGUUUUAAAUUAACAACCACUAUCCUUGUAUGUUAUACAAAUAAGAGUUAGAAAAAAUGUUAACUAGGCUUUUAAAUCCUGUCAAAGGUGGGGUUGUGCUUUUAGGAAAAAAAUAUAUAUAUUUUAUCCAGGGUUGCACUUUUUUUUUUUUUUUAAAUUUAUGAAUUGUAGUGCAGCUGUGAAUCUUGCUUGGCUCGGAACAACAACAACGACAAAAAAGAUUGAACCUUUUUUUUUUUUCUUCAGUUUUAAAAGUGAAAUUGUAUCAAAGGACAAGCUAUUUUGAUAUUGAGCCAUUCCUGAAGAAUUGGGACUUUUGCUUGAAAAACAAAACAGGGAAUACAAAACUUAAAUCAUGACCAAUCAUAAAGCCUCAUCAGAGGGCAGUGCCCAAGCGUGGGAGGGCAACGUCACCUGGUGGUCACAUCCAUCUCCAUAGCUUCUCAGUAGCGAAGUGCUGAUGAUGCCUGUGUGCUGUUUUCCAGUCUGAUUUUGUGAGUAGAGAGAAUGAGUUUUGACUAGGAGAGAAAAGUGUCUUUUCCUUUGAACCCUUCCCAAGUUAUAAAUAAAUAUAUAUAAAUAUAUAUAUUUAAUCUAUUUUUAUUAGAAGCUUUUUCUGCUCUUUUUCUUACAUGAACCAUCCCUUUCCCUUCCCUUCCCUCUGCCCCAGCACGCAUUCCAUUGGGGGGCUAAUAUUUCAUAAAAAAUCUUGAUAUCCAUUGCCAUGGAGAGAAAGAGAGCGAGCGAGAGAACGAGAGAGAGAGAAGUGCGCAUGAGAAAGUAGUUUACACAUUUUUAGAUCUGUGAAACUUUGUGAUUUUUUUUUUUUUAAAUCCUGCACUGGACAGUUGGACGAAAAAGAAAUGAAAAAAAUAGUGGGGGAAAGCACAUAGGGAAUUAUGUUAAUUGUAUUUGUGUCAUUAGGCAAAGCUGUGGAAGUCUUGAAAUGUCACAGUAGUAAAUAACUUUUAUUACUUUUUGGCUAAUUCCUUUUUGUGUGUGUUCUGUUCAAACACUGAAUUAUUCUGUGCAUAUGUAUAUAUAUAUAUGAACACAAAUUGAAGGCCUCUACCUCCUGGAAGUAUACAACAUGGCUUGUUUACCUCCACCUGAUAUUUUUUUUUUUUUUUUUAGUCCAGUGUGGAGACUUGAAACUUGAAUGUCCCUUCCAACUUUUAUAUUUAAAAAAGGCAAGAAAAAUUGAAGACUGUUUUUCAACUGUACAAAGAAAUAACGAAUGGAUGGUCUCGAAUUUUUGAAUGUUGGUCUGGGAUAUUAAAAAAAAAAUAAGAGAAACCUUGGUGUUUGUCAUGGACAAUUAACUGUUAAAGUUAUUGUAAGUUAUCUGUAUUUAGCAGAGUAUUUUCAGGAAGGGUGAUUUGAGUUGGAACUGGAUUCUAUUAAUUUACGUUUUUGGAAGUUUUAACUUCAAUGAAGUAGUCAUUUUGCUGGGGAAAAAAAAGACAAAUUUUGAAUUUCUCAAACAAAGAUGAUGAAAUAUCUUUGUUUUUUUGUGUGGCUCCUGAGAACUUAAAGCAAACAAAACCAACUGCAACACUUCAAUUAACUUGAAUGAGAAUCGUCUUUUUAACUUAAAAAGAGCCCAUGAAGACACUGGUAUGAAAGGUAAAAUCUCAGAGGUUGGUCUGUUAAAUGUGGCACACUUGCGGGUCACUUUGUACAAUGUAGAUUUUGAAGUACAGUGGUGAAAACAUUAAAUGUGACAUUUGAAACAAACAAGCAAACAAA